UAUACCAAGGUAAAUGCAAAAACUCGGAUACCUGUUCAUGUUAAAGAGAUGCACAUAAUAUUUAUCCAGACAAGAUUUGGAAUCCUUUUUUGUUAUACUCAGUAUCUCACGAAAAUAUCAUAUAAUUCAUGAAACUUGUUUUAUGAAUUUGGAAGUAAAUAAGUUUCAAAUGAAUGAUAAUCAUCAUGAUUAUAGUAAACAAUAACAACCAAUACAACAAUAGCAAUAAUAAUAAUGGUAAAGUUAGUGUCAGAGGUGUCGAGUGUCUAGCUGUCAAUUAAUGACGUUUUCUUACUGCAAGCGGUUAUUUUAGUUCAUUUUUAUGCAACAGCAAGUUUCGAAAAUUUUUUUUUUUCGAUUUUAAAUGAGCUCUUUUGUAUACAUAAAACAACUGAAUUAUUGAUAGAGUAAGUUUAUACAUUAUAAUUAUAAUAGCGAUAUUUUAAAUCACUGUUAAUACUUUAUUAACGAUAAAGAAUUUCCAAAUUUAAGUAAAAAAAUGAAAUAAUACGAGUUGAGUUCUUUAGUGAUUUGUGGCUAUAAAUUUUAUGUUAGUGAACUGACGGAAAUUAUCUUGAUUAUCAUAAUCAUUUAUUUUUGAUCUACAACUAAGAAUGGCCGACAAAAAUGCUGAACGAGAAGCUCUUCGGGGAGUUAUUCAGCAAUGGAAUGCUAAUAGAUUGGAUCUCUUUGAAUUAUCCGAACCAAACGAGGAUUUGGAAUUUCACGGCGUCAUGCGUUUUUACUUUCAAGAUAGCGGUCAGAAAGUUGCUACAAAAUGUAUCAGGGUCGCGUCUGAUGCCACGAGCCAAGCAGUGAUUGAAACUCUUAUUGAGAAGUUCCGUCCAGAUAUGCGGAUGCUUAGUGUCCCAGAGUAUGCACUCUAUGAAAUUCAUGAAAAUGGAGAAGAACGAAAACUUGGACUUGAAGAAAAACCUUUACUGGUUCAGUUGAACUGGCAUAUCGAUGAUCGAGAAGGUCGGUUUUUACUUCGACGGAUCGAUGACAAAACUAAUACAGCUGGAGUAGGUUUUGAAGAAGUUACAAGCUUCCGUAGGAAGUUAAGUAGACGAGAACGAAAACAACUAAAAAAACAAGAAAAACUUUGUCGUUUUAAGACUCCUGAACAGGGUCAUGAUUCACCUUUGAUCGAUAAAAAUGGUGUCGCUGAGAAGCUUUAUGUUGAAUUGCCGGAAACAAGUUUUACCAGAAGCAUUUCAAAUCCAGAAGCUGUGAUGCGUCGUCGUCGUCAACAGAAGUUAGAGAAAAAAUUGCAACAAUUUCAGAGCAAAGAUGGUGGUCCAGAUACAGGUGGUACCUUAAAAAUUUACGGGGAAGCUCUGUGUAAAGAUGUUCCAUAUAAAACGUUGUUAUUAAGCAUAAGAGAUUCUGCUGCUCAAAUUGUAAGAGAAAUGUUAUCUAAAUAUGGUCUUGACAAAGUGGAUGCUCAGCAAUAUUGUUUAGUACAGGUAACAACAGAAAAAAAUAACGGAAACGCACAUCAAGAAUAUAUUUUAGAUGAUGAUGAGUGUCCAUUGGCUAUCAUUAUGAAUAUAUCAUCAGUUUACGGUUCAAUAAUGUUUCACGUCAGAAGACGACCAGCAGAUUAUGUACCAAGAAAGAGAAAAAAGAAACCAAGUGGUAAAUGGGGUGAAAUGGAUAACAAGUACGAAGAUGAGAGAUUACCAUUUCUGUUAGAACUUAAUGCUGAUGGAUCGGAAGUACCGAAUGGUGCAGGAAUAAGACAUCGUUUACUACCAAACGUUACAGAAGUGGGAUCUGAAGUAUCUUCAAGCAACCAAGCUGGUCAUGCCCAAACUUUGACUCUCACUGGCUCCACAGUUAUGCCUCGUCAUUGUGUUAUCGCUUUUACUGAGAAUAUUGUUACUCUUACGCCUGCUUCGAGAGAUGCUCAUACUUAUGUAAAUAAUCAAAGAAUUCACCAGACUACAAUUCUUCAGAAUGGAGCCAUCAUCAAAUUCGGUCGACUACAUACGUUUAGAUUUAUUGAUCCUGCUCCUGAAGAUCGAAUCAGGCAGUACCACGAUUCAAAUAAACAAGCGGAGCACAAUCGUGAUAGCAGAUCAGGAGCCAGUUCUCCAAACGAUGGUCAAUGUUCUUCACCCAGUCCAGUAAAAUCGCAUGUCGCAAAUCUUAGUUCAAAAAAUACUGCACAUAGUUCUGUCAUUACGGAAGGCACACAUAAUUAUGAGACUACCUUCGAUUUAGAUGGAAAUGUUGAAACUGCAAGUCUUACAAGUAGCAGAGAUAGUAAUAGACUUUCGCAACAUUACGAUCGUCAACUUAGAGGUAUAGAUCCGAUCUUACCUGCAGUAUUAGAGUUUCUCGAAGAAACAGAAGAAACAUUCUUGCACGCAGUUAUUACUGAUGUUGAACCAUCAUCUUUACAAUUUAAACUUGCGCCAACAUAUACUCUAUAUCUUGCUACGAGAUACAGAGCAAGCACACAUUAUAGAUCUGAAUUACAACCAACAGAAAGAGCUCAUAGAUUAACUGUUAUGUUAGGAAAUGUUGCUACCAUGAUACAACGUAUAAUACAAGAUCGUUAUAUGGAUGCGCCUUCUUUAGCUCUAUGGCUUUCAAAUGGAUCAGAGUUUCUUCAUUUUCUAAAAAGUGAUCGUCAUAUAGGAGCUUUUUCAACUCGAGCUCAAGAUAUUUUAGUCGAUGCCGUUCAAAUGGCUUUCGGAUCACUUAUAAAUUGCGUAUCACUAGAACUAACACCAGCAAUGUCUCAAUUUAUGGCAGAUACGGACGAACCUGCAAGAGAAGCCAGCGUUUUACAAAUAUUUUCUAACACGAUGGCUUUACUUCGUCGGUAUAGGGUUAAUGCAGCUUUAACUAUUCAAUUUUUCAGUCAUUUGUUUCAUACAAUAAAUGCAACGGCUUUCAAUAUACUUAUAUCAAAUAAUAAUCUUUGCGUACGAUGGUUCGGACGUCGACUUAAAGCUCGAUUAAAUGCAAUUGAAACUUGGGCCGAACGACAAGGCUUGGAGCUUGCUAGUCAAUGUCAUCUUGCUACAAUAAUGCAAGCAACUCAUUUAUUGCAAGCACCUAAGUAUAAUACUGAAGAGCUAGCGGCUCUUAGUUCAACUUGUUUGAAACUCAAUUCCUUACAAGUUCGAGCUCUAUUGCAAAAAUACCAACCUACAGCGGAUGAACCACGCUUAACCACAGAAUUAAUAGAAAAUGUGGUAAAAAUCAUUGAAAAUGUUACUGAUACUCUUAUUAGAGCUGAUGGAAGAGAAAUACGUCUUGAAGAGGAACCAACUUUAGCUCUAGCAGUUUUAUUACCUGAAGAUGGUUAUAGCUGUGAAAUUAUUAAAGGCAUGCCACAAGGACUUGAGAAAUUCCUUGCCCCACUUCAGCGUGAUGGUAUUUGUAAAAUAGCUCCUCAACCAACAAGCAGUGGAUAUUGGACAGUAUACAUGAUUGACCAUCAUAAUAACUUCCGUAGUUCAAGCGCUAUGAGUAAUCGAUCUGGUGGCUAUAACAACCAUGUUUCUUCAAGCUAUGGUCAGCCAGAAAUUCAAAUCAUUCAGUUACAGAAGUCCACAAAUGGAAUGGGUCUCAGUAUUGUUGCCGCAAAGGGAGCUGGUCAAGAGCGAUUAGGAAUAUAUAUCAAAAGCGUAGUUUCAGGCGGAGCCGCUGAUAUUGAUGGUCGUUUAACAGCUGGGGAUCAAUUACUUAAAGUUGAUGGACAAAGUUUAGUUGGAAUAACUCAAGAAAAAGCAGCAGAAUAUCUGGUACGAACAGGACCUACAGUAACACUAGAAGUUGCUAAACAAGGUGCUAUUUAUCAUGGUUUAGCUACUCUCUUAUCACAACCAUCACCGUCAAUGAGCAGAGCGCUUAAGGUACGACCAAAAUCAGAAUAUGCAGACGCACCUCAAGUAUUUGAUGAAGUACAACCAUCAACUUCACGUUCAAUGGGAAAUUUGAUAUCAGCAAGAAAAGAAAUAACCACUCAGGAGGAUUCAGUUGAUUGGCAUCGUGAGUCGGAAAAUUAUCUAACUGGACCACGACGUAUGAGUGAACGGGAUAUUCCAUCACAAUUUCGCCAUGAAUCUGCUACUUCUCAAAUUCAUAGCAGCAAAUCAGUUCCUGCUCUGCAUAGUGUUGACGCAGAAAAUAAGCAACUGCAAGCCCAACCAUGUCAACACGAAAUGUUCAAUCCAGGAUACAGCAGAACGUCAUCUAGUAAUAGUACAACACCACCAGUUCAACCGCCGCCUAUGCCAUCUAUGAAUGGCGCUUCGUCUCUGAGAUCACGUUCAAGUAACAACCUUCACGAACCAACAAAAAUGACUCAUUUGCCUCUUUCCGGUUUGAUGAAUCGCCAGCGAUCUUCACCGAAUUUGAAUCCAAGUCAAUCAUUUGGAAACACUUUGAACAAUAUUCAGAAUAAUGAAGCUGAAAGAUUUUAUCAAAACUUAAGCGUCUAUAGACAUCAAGAUCCAACAGUAAAACAAUUAGGUCCUUACCAUACAUCAGUUGAUCGAAAUUCAAUGUACACGCCAAAGCAGUUGAAAGGCUCUCAAAAUUCAUUAAAUAAUCCAAUUUUGGAUGUAAACCAAGGAAAAGAUCGGCCGCUUUCAGCAUAUGUUUCUCCAGACCAAAUAAAUUACAAUGCUUAUCAAAUUCCUCAAGCAGGAUCUCUUUUGAAAACACAAUCGUCGAGAGAUAUAAUUCGUCAAGAGGCUAAAUUACAAGAAAUGAAAGAAGAAGUGCGACGCCGUGAGUUAAGGGCAGGUGCAAUAUUAAGUAGUCAACAUCAAACCAAUUCUCUCAAUAUGCGACCUACUACUUCUCAAACCAAUAUUGGUAUUUAUAAGCAAACAAGUUUAGUACCAAAUCUCGAUUUGAAUUCUCCAACUUACAAUACAAAACAAAUAAGUUCAAAUUAUGGGUCAUCUGAUCCUCAACACAACCAAUAUAUUUUAUACAACAAACAACUGAUUUCGAACCAAUAUACUUCCAUUUCGAAAAAGAAUGACGCAUCUUGUUCUAACCAACAAAUUACUGAAUUAGACAAAGAAUAUGAUGCAGAUCUCAGUCGACCAAUUACAGAAUAUAAUCAACAAUUAGGACUUUUUAAUAAGCCUCAGUUUUUAAAUAAUUCAUCUAAUGUGAAUCAUCAACGUAAUAUUAAUGAAAAUCCAUCUAAUCAAAUGCAUUACGAAAAUAAUAUCAAUAAAGAAUCCUUACCUCUACAUUCAAUUCUUGAAAAAGAAUAUAAAGAAAGACAUCCUCCUCCUCCACUUAAUACUUCAACUCAUCCAUUUAAUAUGAAACAAAUCGAUUCCAGGUAUACUUCUGGUGGACAAGAAGUCCCAAAAGGAAGUUACUAUUCAACAACCAAUUCAAGUCAACAAAAUCGACAGCAUCAAUACAAUGCCACUAAUCCAUGGCAACGGGAAGAACGAGAAAAAGAACAAGCACGACGACGAGAAGCUGCAAAAUUAUGGCGAGAUCAACAAAUUGCUGAAUUGAAUUCACUUUCGCACAGAACACAACAACAAGAAGAACAACUUCGAGCUCUCCAAUUAGAAAGAGACUUUCAAAAAAGAGCUGAAGAAGCUGCAGCUCAACAAGAUGAAGAUGAAGAAAGUAAUGAUCUUGAUAAUCAAAAUAUACCAUGUGUCCAAGGAUUGUUAAAAAUGGCAGCAACUCCAGAGAAAAAUUACCCGUCAAUUCAGCCAAAUACUUUAUCACGAACAAAUCUAGCUAAUCAAUCAAUUAGGGGAACGAAUUCAUCUCAGUCAGCGAGUCAUCAAUUGAAACUACCUUUUAAUUCCUUACCUAUCGUAACAUCUCAACAAGAUCUAAUGAAAUAUGGAAAUGUAAGUUUACAUGAUAGUUCGAAUAUAAAUUUACAACAUAUUUCAAACAUAAACGAUUUUAAACAAGUUUCUACAUCUUCAACAUAUAAUUCACCACCAGUUUUUGGACAGCUGUCAAAUAAUAUGAAAAUGAAUACUCAACUUCAGAUGCAUGAAGAACAAGAAAGAAAUCAACGAAUGGAUGAAUACAAAGACGAAGAAAUUGAUUAUGACGGUAAUCAUCGAAAGAAUGAAGAAGAUACAAAACACAGUCAACAACAAUAUCAAAAAAAUCAAACAAAUCCAAAAAAUCAACAACAGUUGUAUACAGAAAUGUUAAAAUUGGAUAAUUUAUAUAUUAAUGAUGGAAACGAAGCACCAGUACCACCAGAACGGGGUUCCAGUUAUACUGUUAUGUCUCAACAAAAUGUUUUAAGAUCAUCUAAUGCUGCUACAAUUUCAUCGUCAAUCGGAUCUCACCAAGCUUCCAUUAAAAGAGUCUCUUUCCAUGACUCUAAUGCUAAUAUUGAAAACUUUUCAAAAAAUAGCAUCAUCUCAAAUUUAUCGUCGCCUUACAGCAUGGGCACUAUAAAAGAGGAUUCUAAUAAUUUCAUAUAUGAUACGAAGGGUCUAUUGGCAUCUCCACAAACACCAGAUGGUUCUGUCAAUCAAUUUGGUGGAGGUACGCCUGGUGUUAUCGGGGCUCAAGAGAUUUAUAGAGAUCCUAGACAAAAACGCUUGGCUGAAAAGCAAAAACAGCAAGAAAAUGCUCAACUAGGUGAAGUGCCCGAAAAACUCAGUUUUAAAGAGAAAAUGAAAAUGUUUGCAAUGGAAACUGGCGAAGAUGGUACACCAAGAGAUAAAGUAAAAAUAUCAAGAGCUCAGAGGGAAAUUGAUAAUAUCACGAGUCCUUUAAAUCCAACUGACAACGACAAAAAUUAAUUUUUAUUCGACGUUGGUUUUGAAAUUUAAAGAUCGUUAAUACAAAAAACCAAUUUUUAAUAAUUAAUAGUAUCUAUUCACUUAUACUUCUAAGAUAAAUUACAAUAAUAUACAGUAUUUACAAAAAAUGAAAGAUAUUUUGAAUAGACGACCAAUAUCAUUCGUACGUAGAACUAUUCAGGACCAAUCAAUUUUAAUAUUUUUAUUGUGAAAAUACAUUUCUUAUAUGCAGAUUCAAAAAUUUUAUUAGAUGAUGUAUAAUAUAAAAAUUCACUUAUAUUUAAUAAAUAAAUUCAAUCAAUUUUGUACAUACGACCAAUAAAUCUUUUACUCACUCCUUCAUAUAUUUAUAUUUUUAAUUAAAACUAUCUACAUUGAUUAAUUUUUAAAUCAUAUUCAAUUAGAAGAAAAAUGAAUGACUUAAUUAUUAGAUACAUUUAUGAGCAAUAAUAUUUUUAAACUAUUUUAAGAAAUUUAUUUGAUAUAAAAUAUUUACCAAUACCUUAAGGUAUUAAAAAACUUCUUGUGCAAAAAUGAAUCAGCAAUUAGUAAUCUAUCAAAUUGAUAAUGAAUUGUUAAAAAUAAAAUAUCAAUUGGAUUAGGCUAGCUAUAAGUCUUAACCAAAAAUAUGAAUAUAACAAUACUCCCGAAA